UAUGAAAUGAUCAUCUUUUGAUCUUCAUUCGCAAAUAACAAGAUUCAUCAUACACACUAAAGUUGAAUUAUAUCUCCUAGCUAUUUUGAAAAUUAUAUAUAUAUAACAGUUCGGUAAAAUGGAUAAUAUUAUCUUUUUUGUAUAAAUAAAUAAGUUUUAGCCAUCUGUAUAACUGAGUAUAACGUAACGAAAUAAAGAGACAAAAAGGUGUAGAAAUAAGCUGGUUUGGUCUUCAGCGUAGGUAAAAUGCAAGCGAAUUUUCUUCAGAUGUUCCAAGAACGGUUUAGAGCGCCAAUAAAUGGAAUGCAAGGAUUCCCGUUUGAAGAGUAUCGUAUUCCGCAACAGGUUUUGCCUUUCGGUUUCCCAUUUCAACAGUUUCCAAAUUUACUUCCGGUUCCAGCUGCACAUGCGCAGACGUUAUGUCCGUCUCCGAUGAGUCCAGGCUUGCUGACUCCAAGAUUAUAUCCACCGCUAGGCCUCAGCAUCCCGACCUUGAAUUUCAGUCAAAAGGAAGUCGACAUGGUUUUGUAUGGUUAUACAAAGAAUAAAGAGGACGAGAAAAGCCGGCAUGCUUUGUCUGGACUUCGUUCAGGAGACUUGAGCUACGGCAUAGAUAGAAUUUUGUCAACCAAGUCAGAGGUCCCAAAUCCAACACCGCCGCCGGCACAUCAAGGAAUAUCGGCCUCCAGGUCUGAUGUGUUACUAACCACGCAUGCAGAAGGAGAGUUGACGGCCACCAAGGACAACCGCACAGUGGACGUUGACGGACUGGAUCUUCCUGAUGGCUUGGUUAUCAGAAAGACGCUGGUAGCUGGGUCAGUCCAUUAUGGAGUUUUCUGCAACAAGACAGUGGUUCCCAAAGGAACAAAGUUCGGGCCUUUCAAAGGUCGCGUGAUCAACACCAGUGAGAUAAAAGCUAAUGACGACAACUCUCUGAUGUGGGAGAUAUUUCAGGACGGAAAGCUGAGUCAUUUCGUAGACGGCCGACGGAACGCUGGCAACUGGAUGGCCUUCGUGAACUGCGCCAGAUACGCCCAGGAACAGAACCUAGUGGCACUACAGGUAGAGGGUGAUGUAUACUAUGAGGUGUGUAAGGAUAUACCCAAGGAUACCGAAUUGUUGGUAUGGUACGGGGACAGCUAUCUACAGUUUAUGGGCGUUCCUGUAGCCCUGAAGGAAACAAAUAACCCUGAGAUACAGGAAGAGGCAGAUUCAUCAGAAGGGUACCAGUGUGAGAGAUGUGGGAAGGUGUUUGCUUACAGAUACUACAGAGAUAAACACCUCAAAUACACCAGAUGUGUUGACCAGGGUGACCGCAAAUACCCAUGCCAUCUUUGUACCAGAUCAUUUGAGAAACGUGACAGACUUAGGAUACACAUACUGCACGUGCAUGAGAAACAUAGACCCCAUAAAUGUGUCGUCUGCAACAAAAGUUUUAGUCAAUCUUCAAGUCUAAAUAAACACAUGAGAGUACACAGUGGAGAGAGACCAUAUAAAUGUGUGUAUUGCAACAAAGCUUUCACAGCCUCCAGUAUCUUGCGAACACAUAUAAGACAGCAUUCAGGAGAAAAACCAUUUAAGUGUAAACACUGUGGGAAAGCAUUUGCAUCCCAUGCUGCACACGAUAGUCACGUGAGACGAACGCAUGCGCGCGAAAGACUUUGCGUAUGCUCUGUAUGCGGAAAAUCAUUUUCUCAACCUUUUGAGUUGAAGUUUCACAUGACUGUUCAUCUGAAGAAAUGAGCGACGUUGCUGGGAAGAGAUGAAUGUUAAAAAAUGGCAGUUAAUCACUUUGAACACCUUGAAAGAACCCUGGAUUGUGCAGAGCAAAUAAACUGCAAUGAACAAACAAAACCUGCAGAUUUCUAGCAGAAUGGAACGUUUUCUCCAUAUUCUCAAACUAGUUUUCAUAGGAUGUUCUAAAGGACUGUGAAAUAAUUAAAACAUAUAUUAAUUAAAAAUUUCCAGAACUCUACCUACAACUGAAGUUUCAGACUUUAGUAAACAAUUUUCAUGCUAUAUUU